AGGUACAGUACAGUGUCUGAUGAGCGUCCUGGGACGAGUUCUCUCAGCAUGGCUCGGACACUGAGCUUCUCCUGGCUCUUAGUCUUUCUGCUCUUCCUCUCUGGACUGCAGUGUGACCAUGGUGGUAAAUCUAACAACAGGCAAAAAAGGGACAUCAGCACUGACCAGCCUCGUAUGAUAUCAGAAAAUGGUCACCUCACAUUCUCUGCUGGCUACAGCAAAGACAUUCGCUUCACAACCUCAGGGACAGGAAGUGUGAAGGUGGGGGCCGAGGAUCUCAUCCAGCAGAUAAAUCAGAUCAAAAUGAACAAAGAUGACAUCGACACCAUAAAGAACAGUGGUCCUUCUCCGGAUAUUACGAACCAGCUCAAUCAGCUCAACACCAGAGUGACGACGCUUGAGACAAAAGUUCAGACAAUAGAACAGACAGUGCAGCGGAAGACGUGCAGCAGCAAUCCAUGUCAGAACGCAGGAACCUGCUUGAACUUGUUAGACGCAUUUCAUUGCCUCUGUCCUGACAACUGGCAGGGUCCCACAUGUGCAGUGGAUGUUAAUGAGUGUCAGGUGUUAGCAGGAACUCCGCUGGGCUGUCAGAACGGGGCCACAUGUGUGAACACACCCGGAUCUUUCACCUGUACCUGUACUGCAGAAUGGUACGGUCCACACUGUACAUCUCGCUAUGAUGACUGUGCAGGCGGAAGUCAGGAUCUGUGUGUUCAUGGCUUGUGCAUCGAUUCAGACAGAGUCAAUCCCAAUGAGCCCAAAUAUAAGUGUAUCUGUGAUGCUGGCUGGAUGUCUCCUCCCGGAGAGUCGGCGUGCACGGCUGAUGUGGAUGAGUGCGGCCUCCCGAACAAACCCUGCUCCACAAACCCCCCUGUGCAGUGCUUCAACACCCUGGGCUCGUUCUACUGCGGCGCCUGCCCUGCAGGAUGGCAGGGUAACGGUUACAGCUGCCAGGAUGUCGACGAAUGUGCCACAAACAAUGGAGGCUGUUCUACUUCCCCCAUGGUGCCUUGUCUCAACACCAUGGGCUCCUUCCACUGCGGCCAGUGUCCUCCAGGCUAUGAGGGAGACGGGAAGACUUGCACUCAAGCUGACAUCUGCUCCACCAACAAUGGAGGAUGUUAUCCACUGGCUACCUGUACUUCUACUCCAGGAAGUAUUAUCCCAUCAUGCACCUGUCCUCCUGGUUAUGUGGGUAAUGGCUAUGGACCUACGGGCUGUACUCAGAUCAGUGACAUCUGUGGAACUAGUAAUCCUUGUGUAAAUGGUCAGUGUGAGAAUACAGCAACUGGCUACAUCUGUCGCUGUGACCCGGGCUGGGCAGGGCAGAAUUGCGAUCAGAACGUGAACGAGUGCUCUAGCAAUCCCUGCCAGAACGGAGGCACCUGCACCGACGGCAUCAACGGCUACACCUGCACCUGCACCUCCCAGUGGACGGGCCCGCAGUGCCAAACUCCACAGCAAGAGUGUGGAGGAGUUUUGGAAAGUCCAGCCGGCACAUUCAGCUACCCUACGAAUCCUGGAACGGGCGAUUAUGAUCACCAGGUCAGCUGUGCGUGGGUCAUCAGAACCGACCCCAGCAAGAUUCUGCGGAUUACCUUCCCUUUCUUUGACAUCGAGAACAGCGCCUCGUGCAACUUCGAUUUCCUGCAGGUCCACGAUGGCGAGAGCGCCUCCGCUUACAUGAUCGGGAAAUACUGCGGCACUGCCGCCCCAGCCGAACUCUUCAGCUCCCACAAUUCUCUGUACUUCUGGUUCCGCUCUGACCAUUCAGUCAGUGGUCGUGGCUUCACAGUGGCCUGGCAAUCGCAGGCACCAGUGUGUGGUGGGGAGUUGACCAACACAUACGGUGACAUCAAGUCACCCGGGUACCCAGGUAACUAUCCACCUAACCGGGAUUGCUAUUGGAUGGUGAAUGUGAGCCCUGGUCUGCUCAUCACAUUCGCUUUUGGCACCCUCAGUCUGGAGCACCAUGAUAACUGUAACUUUGACUACCUGGAGCUCAGAGACGGACUGCUCCCAGAAGACCCGGUUCUGGGAAAAUACUGCAGUACAGCAUCACCACCACCUCUACAGACGACAGGACCAUCAGCCUGGAUCCACUUUCACUCUGAUUUCAGCAUCAGCGAUCGGGGAUUUCACAUUACAUACACUACUUCACCAUCUGACCCGGGCUGUGGAGGCGUCUUUACAGACACAGAAGGCAUCAUCAUCUCUCCUAACUGGCCUAAUAACUAUGCUCACAAUAGGCAGUGCAUUUAUAUCAUCAGAAUGCCACGUAGUGAACAAGUGGCACUUAACUUCACCCACAUGGACCUGGAAACUCAUAGUGGCUGUCUUUUUGAUUUUGUUGAGGUUCGAGACGGGACGGGUGAGACCGACCCACUCAUUGGGAAGUACUGUGGCUCCACCCUGCCAGCACCAAUAUUGUCCACCACUAAUGGACUCUGGAUCCGUUUUAAGUCUGACAGCUCUGUGUCCCGUGCUGGCUUCAGGGCCAUGUAUGAACUUGCUUGUGGAGGAACCCUCUCUGGAAGCGGUCAGAUUCGCACUCCCUUGCACCCUGACCCCUAUCCCCACAACAAAGUGUGCGAGUGGGUCAUUAACCAGCCCGAGGGCUAUGUGGUCACUCUCAACUUCCUCACCUUUGACGUUGAGGGAAGCAGCACAUGCGUCUUCGAUUAUGUUGAGGUGAGAGAUGGUCCCAGCAUAGACUCCCCUCUGAUUGGUCGAUACUGUGGAAUUAACAUGCCUCCCAUGCUGGAGUCCACCCAGAGGUCCAUGUUCAUCCGCUUCAAAACAGAUUCAUCUGUCUCCAACCAUGGUUUCACUGCUGAGUUUGCAUCUGCAGAGCAAGGUUGUGGAGAGACUCUUACAGAACCAACAGGUUCAUUCACCAGCCCAGGACAUCCCACUGACUACCCUCAUGGAGCCAAUUGUACCUGGUACAUCUCCGUUGAGCCUGGCAACCUCAUCCGUCUGUCAUUCACAACCUUCAACCUGGAGUAUCACACCAACUGCGCAUACGACUAUGUGGAUGUCUACGAUAAUGGCACAGCGCUGACUGGCACUCUUAUGGGCAGGUUCUGUGGGCGCUCCGUUCCUCCAUCUCUAACCAGCACUGAUAGUCUGAUGACCGUCCUGCUAGUCUCUGACUCCAGUCUGUCUGCGGAAGGCUUUUCUGCUGAUUAUGUCUCCAUCAAUGCAAGCACAGAUUGCAGUGAGGUGUUUAGGUCACCCACCGGGGAGUUCAGCUCACCCAACUACCCUGACAAUUACCCCAACAAUCGGGAGUGUGUGUAUAAAAUCAUAGUGGAAGUCAACAUGCAGAUCAUGCUGAAUAUCACAGAUUUUGAGCUGGAGGGGUUCAGUUCCUGUGGUUUUGACUAUUUAGAGAUCAGAGAUGGAGGCUAUGAAACAUCCCCCCUGAUUGGUAAAUAUUGCGGAACAAAUGGUCCACCCAUCAUAGUGUCACAUAGCAACAGACUGUGGCUGAAGUUCAGAUCUGACCACUCACUCACCUACAGGGGAUUCAAAGCCCACUGGGAUGGCACACAGACAGGUUGCGGUGGGACGUUGACAACAAGUGUGGGAGGUUUCACCUCUCCCAACUACCCCCUGCCGUAUCACGCCAACGCCGAAUGCUACUGGCACAUCAAAACCAGUGCAGGAAGCACAGUGGAGCUCAGCUUUGGAGACUUUCACCUGGAGAACAGCAUCAACUGCUACUACGACUACUUGGCGGUGUAUGAUGGCGACAGCACCAGUUCUCCUGAGCUGGCCAAACUGUGUGGAAAUCAGAUUCCUCCUCCCAUCAGCUCCUCUCGAGAGAACAUGUAUGUGAAGCUACGUACAGACAGCAUCAUCCACACAGGCGGAUUUCUGGCUAACUACCAAACCAAUUGCAGUGAGGUGUUUAGGUCACCCACCGGGGAGUUCAGCUCACCCAACUACCCUGACAAUUACCCCAACAAUCGGGAGUGUGUGUAUAAAAUCAUAGUGGAAGUCAACAUGCAGAUCAUGCUGAAUAUCACAGAUUUUGAGCUGGAGGGGUUCAGUUCCUGUGGUUUUGACUAUUUAGAGAUCAGAGAUGGAGGCUAUGAAACAUCCCCCCUGAUUGGUAAAUAUUGCGGAACAAAUGGUCCACCCAUCAUAGUGUCACAUAGCAACAGACUGUGGCUGAAGUUCAGAUCUGACCACUCACUCACCUACAGGGGAUUCAAAGCCCACUGGGAUGGCACACAGACAGGUUGCGGUGGGACGUUGACAACAAGUGUGGGAGGUUUCACCUCUCCCAACUACCCCCUGCCGUAUCACGCCAACGCCGAAUGCUACUGGCACAUCAAAACCAGUGCAGGAAGCACAGUGGAGCUCAGCUUUGGAGACUUUCACCUGGAGAACAGCAUCAACUGCUACUACGACUACUUGGCGGUGUAUGAUGGCGACAGCACCAGUUCUCCUGAGCUGGCCAAACUGUGUGGAAAUCAGAUUCCUCCUCCCAUCAGCUCCUCUCGAGAGAACAUGUAUGUGAAGCUACGUACAGACAGCAUCAUCCACACAGGCGGAUUUCUGGCUAACUACCAAACCAUUUGCCAGGGUGUGCUGAUCGCCAACCGGAGCCGGGGAAAGAUUGAGAGCUUGAACUUCCCCAAUGACUACCCAUCUCGUGCCAACUGCAGCUGGACCAUCCAGGCCUCCAUGGGCAACACCAUCAACUACACUUUUAUAACCUUUGAGGUGGAGCACCACGUUGGAUUUUGCCAGGGUGUGCUGAUCGCCAACCGGAGCCGGGGAAAGAUUGAGAGCUUGAACUUCCCCAAUGACUACCCAUCUCGUGCCAACUGCAGCUGGACCAUCCAGGCCUCCAUGGGCAACACCAUCAACUACACUUUUAUAACCUUUGAGGUGGAGCACCACGUUGGAUGUGCCUAUGACUAUGUGAAGCUCUAUGAUGGUCCAAACGAUCAGGCUACUCUGAUUGGUACGUUCUGUGGGAACACGCCUCCUCCAGCCAGCACCACCACUGGUACCAGCCUCCACAUUGUGUUCCGCUCCGACAUGUCUGUCUCAUACAGAGGCUUUCAGAUGGACUGGUACCAGAAUGGUUGUGGUGGGGAACUCUUCGGGCCCACUGGUGCUUUCACCAGCCCAGGCUAUCCGGACAAAUACCCAGCAAACCGUGAGUGCAUCUGGCACAUCCAAACAAGCCCUGGAAGUAGCAUUUCCAUCACCAUCCUUGAGUUUGAUGUGGAAUAUCAUCCUGACUGCAACUAUGACAAGCUGGAGGUGUACGGAGGGCCUGACCUCUCCUCCCCACGAUUGGCCCAGCUCUGCACCACACGCCCUCCCAAUAACCCUCUGCAGGUGGCCAGCACAGGUAACACUGUCACCGUUCGAUUCACAUCUGAUGCCGUCGUGAGUGGCAGAGGCUUCAACGCAACCUGGGUAGAAGUUCCUGGAGGAUGUGGAGGGAUCGUCACAGCCCCCAAUGGAGAGAUCCACUCUCCGCAGUAUCCCAGCAACUAUCCUGACAAUGUGGACUGUUCCUGGGUCAUCACAGUGGACGUAGGCCAUCGAGUCUUCUUCAACUUCACUGAUCUGGAUCUCGAAAGUCACAGCUCAUGCAGCUUUGAUUACGUGGCUAUCCAUGAUGGUCACCAUGAGUCUUCUCCACUCCUGGGUAAAUUUUGUGGCGUCGCCAGGCCUUCUCCCAUUACGUCCACAAGGAACGUCAUCUAUGUUCGCUUCAGGUCAGAUCACAGUCAGAACCGUAAAGGCUUCAGUGCCCAGUUCUCAGAAGCAUGUGGAUCCACUAUAGUAGCUGAUGAUGUGGGUGGUGAGAUUGCAUCUCCUCGUUAUCCAUAUUCUUACCCACCCAAUCAGAACUGUAGUUGGAUCAUACAGGCACAGGAGCCAUUCAAUCAUGUGACUUUGUCCUUCACUGACUUUGAGGUUGAGAUGGUGAAUAGUAACUGCUCUCAUGAUAGUGUGGAGGUCCUGGAUGGAGACAAUUACCAAGCCCCAUCUGUUGGUCGUUACUGUGGGAAUGAGUUGCCACACCCAGUCACUUCAUUCAGCAAUGCCCUGGUGGUAAACUUCAUCUCAGAUGCUUCAGUAGGGAGGAAAGGUUUUAGGGCAACCUACAUGGCCUCAACCUCAGGCUGUGGGGGACAUCUGUAUAUGGAGUCAGGUGCUUUUAACAGUCCGAACUAUCCUGAUGUAUACCCACCUAAUGUGGAGUGUGUAUGGACCAUCACCAGUUCCCCUGGGAACCGUCUACAACUGUCCUUCAUAAUGUUUCAGUUGCAACAAAGUUUAGACUGCAGUAGUGACUACCUAGAGGUUCGUGAAGGACAUUCCACUGGUACUCUGGUUGGUCGUUUCUGUGGUGAUUCCCUUCCUUCCAACUACACCUCUAUAAUGGGCCACAUUCUUUGGAUCAAGUUUGUCUCUGACUCCUCAGUCAGUGGAGCUGGAUUUAGAGCAGUAUUCUCCCACUUGUAUGGAAAUGACAUCACGGGCAGCUCGGGACAGAUAGCCUCCCCGCUUUACCCACGCACCUACCCAAACAAUGCAGACUACCGCUGGACCGUCACAGUGGACUCAGAUUCCCACAUCCAGAUUCAAUUCCUGGACAUCGACAUAGAGGACCUAUUCAAUUGUUAUUAUGACAAGCUCAAGAUAUAUGAUGGUCCCAGCACCAGUGCUUUACUUAUGGGUGAGUUCUGCGGCCUGACUCUGCCCAACCCAGUAAGAAGUUCAGGCAGCACUAUAACGCUUGAAUUUAAAUCUGACAAUGUGAUUGGAGGAAAAGGCUUCCUGGUUGAGUGGACUGCUGUUCAGGGCUCCGGUCCUUUGCCAACUAUACAGCCAGGAGCAUGUGGAGGAACAUUGAUGACAGGAGACAAUCCCCAGUUCUUAUUCUCUCCUGGUUGGCCCGAGCUGUAUCAGCAUAAUCUUGACUGUUCAUGGGUGAUCCGGUCUCCAAAUUCUAUCGUUGAGUUUAAUCUGCUUUCUCUGGACAUGGAAGAUGAGGUUUCGUGUCUCCAUGACAGUCUAUCCAUCAGGGAUGGUGACACCAACUUGUCUCCACUGAUUGCAAAGGUUUGUGGGCGGGAGCUGCCUGGCUCUCUGCACUCUAAUGGUGAUGCCAUGUUCCUUCGAUUCACCUCUGAUGGCAGCAUUAAUGGCAGGGGCUUUAAUGCCACCUUUUCCAGAGGUUGUGGUGGGUUCCUCCAUACAGACAGAGGGGUCCUAAGUUCUCCUCAAUAUCCACAGAACUACAAGCCCAACAUGAAUUGCAACUGGCAAGUAAUGGUCACCUCAGGGUUUAGAGUGUCCGUAACCUUCCAAAGUCCUUUCCAGAUACAGGGUUAUGGCGAUCACUGCAGCUCAGGUGACUACUUGGAGUUACGUAACGGACCUGAUGGCAACUCACCGACUCUAUCAGGACGUCUCUGUGGGUCCAGUGUUCCAUCCACAUUUCAAACCACAGACAAUAGCCUCUAUGCCCACUUUGUCUCUGAUGGCUCUAAUGAGGCGAGUGGCUUCAAAUUGGUAUUUGAGGCCCACAGUUCAGCUUGUGGUGGUCUCAUUGAGCUUAAUGAUGGAGAUCCACCAGGAUACAUCACGUCUCCUAAUUAUCCAUCAAACUACCCCCAAAAUAUUGACUGUGUAUGGAUAAUCACUGUACCCAAUGGAGAGGCUGUACAGCUUGACUUUGAGGAUGAGUUCUACAUUGAGGCUCAUACUGGAUGUAUGUAUGAUUACCUUGAGAUCCGUGAUGGUCCCAUAUCAGAUGCUGCUUUGAUGGGCAGACUUUGUGGCAACACCCGCCCAUCCACACAGCAUUCAUCCGGCACCACCAUGUAUAUACGAUUCAGAACUGAUGGCAGCAUCACACAUAUUGGUUUCAAAGCCAAGUACUCCAUUGCUACAUGUGGAGGUACCUACAUUGGUCAGAGUGGUAUCAUCAGAAGCCCCGGUUAUCCAGACUCAAAUUAUCCAGACAACUCUAACUGUGAAUGGUACUUGGAAGGUCCCACUGGACACUAUCUGACCUUCACCUACACUGCCCUUGACCUGCAGAGCUCCUCCAAUUGUAACAAUGACUAUGUGGAGAUACGUGAAUACAAUGCUUCAGGUCGCCUGCUGGGGAAACACUGUGGAAACAGCGUUCCAACCCCCCUGGACACUGGAGACAGUUUUGCCUAUGUAAAGUUUGUCAGUGAUGGCAGCGGGAAUGCUGCAGGGUUUAGUUUAUUGUUUGAAGCCAGCGUCGAAGAAUGUGGAGGGGAUCUGAACGCACCAUUUGGAACCAUAUCAUCUCCCAACUACCCCAAUCUUUACCCUCACAGCCGAGUAUGCCGCUGGAGAAUCACUGUUCCUCCCGGUCGUAGGGUCACUCUUACGAUCAAUGACCUGAGGCUGGAGGAGCAUGGCACCUGUAUGUUUGACUAUGUGGAGGUUAUCAAUGGUCUGACACCCAGUGCCCCACAUUUGGGUCGGUUAUGUGGGACAGUCCCUGCUGGUACCCAGUUGAAAUCUUCUGGGAAUACUAUGCUUGUAAUUUUCAGCACUGAUUCAUCUGUGUCUAAUGGUGGAUUCACGGCAGAUUACUCUUCAGAAGAGGCAGCAGUGUGUGGUGGAAUACUCAGUCAACCUGGAAACUUCACCUCGCCUGACUUUGGCAAUGGAAACUACAGCAACAACCUGAACUGUGAAUGGCUGAUUCAGAACCCACAUCAUAUGAAUUCUUCCAUUGUGGUUAUAAUAGAUGAGCUCCAUCUAGAGCAUCACCAAACCUGCGAGUGGGACUACUUGGAGUUCAGACUGGGAGAUAUGAAUGGAGAGCUUUUGGCUCGUUUAUGUGGUCAAUCCCCUCCUACGAUCCCCAUAGUAGUGUCCACCCCUGAACUCUGGGUUCACUUCCUGUCCGAUGAGGCUGUGGGUGAUCUGGGCUUCAAAGCCACGUAUUACUUUUCAGAAUGUGGAGGGUCACAAAGUGGAGAGGGAGGUGCCAUCUCUAGCCCUGGAUAUCCCAAUAACUACCCCAGCCCGAGCCGCUGUACUUGGUUUCUCGAAGCUCCGGUGGGCCACACUAUCAUUCUCACUUUUACAUACUUUGAAGUGGAGGAACACAGCCAGUGCACCUGGGAUUCAGUGACUAUCUUCAAUGGAGCCUCACCAGGAUCCCCAGUUAUUGGUCAAUACUGUGGCCACAACUCUCCAGGAACUAUCCAAUCAGGCUCCAACAAAUUAGUUGUGUUGUUCCUUGCUGAUCAUACAGUGUCCAGAGGAGGAUUUACUGCCACCUGGUCAACGGACUCAUCAGGAUGUGGAGGAAUUAUCCAUGCUGAUACAGGCACCAUCAAAUCUCCCAAUUAUCCUCAGAAUUUCCCAGCCAAUACUGAAUGUUCCUGGACCAUCAUCGCCCAUGAUGGAAACCAUCUAGAGAUGGGCUUUGCCAGUGACUUCCAGAUCCCAGACUCAAGUGGACAGUGUCAAAACAGUUACAUCAAGGUGUGGUCUGACAAUGUACAGAAUGAUGAGAAUCUCUUGGCCACUGGUUGUGGCACUACAGCCCCUGCUGCAGUCAUUGCACCCCGAAAUGUUAUUACGGCUCGUUUCCAGUCCUCAGAUACACCUGGCAAAGGCUUCUCUGCUGCAUUCUACACUAGUUGUGGGGCCAAUUUCACAGCCUCAACUGGCCGUGUCGUAUCUCCAAACUACCCAGACCACUACCCGGGAGGCUCCAACUGUAAUUACAUUAUUGAUGCUGGAGAUCAGACCGUGAUUGUGCUUACUUUUAAAAGUUUCCAGUUAGAGGCACACUCCACAUGUGUCUAUGAUGGUGUAAAGAUCUAUAGUGGCAUCACCACCAGUGGUGUUCCCUUGGCUACUCUUUGUGGAAAUACCAUCCCAGGCAUCUUCACCACAUUUGGACCAAUGCUCAUCAACUUCUACUCUGAUUCUAUCAUCCAUGACAAUGGCUUCCUGGCAGAAUACAGAACCAUACCAUGCGGUGGUGUGUUUAAUGGUACUUCUCGGACAAUCAGCAGUCCAUCUCAUUCUAUCACCAACUACCAUCACAACAUCAACUGCACAUACUACAUAUAUGUUCGUGACAACCGUGUCAUUAAUCUCAAGUUCAACUCUUUCAGUCUGGAAGCCUCCUCGACCUGCCGCUAUGACUAUGUGGCGGUGUAUGAUGGAGAGAACACUCUGGCCCCACUAGUGGGGAAGUUCUGUGGACGUGAACUACCGCCCAACCUCAGAUCUUCAUCCAAGCACCUGUUUCUCGAGUUUGUUACAGACUCAUCGGUUGCGGCAGAGGACAAAAAGACAAAAACUCACAUUUUGUCACUUUUGUGGACUGUACUGCCUCUAGCAGGUGGUUUCUUGAAAGCACAUCCUACAGUUGUUGUAAAUCUCUCUCACUCUCUCUUUCUAUCUCCUCAUCCAUGGUUUGCUCCAGGUCCUCAGCAGGGCUGUGGUGGUUACUUGUCUUCUUCCUCUACCGGAACGUUUGGUUCUCCUGAUAUUGACAUGAAUGGUCAGUACGAGCCACGUAUGGACUGUAUGUGGACCAUUGCAGUGGAGGUCAAUAAAGGCAUUAACCUCACAUUCACAUCCUUUGAGCUCGAAGACUCCACUGGAACCCUCUGCAGAUAUGAUUAUGUCAAGAUCUAUGAUGGUGACAGUGCUAGUUAUCCAUUGGUUGGCACAUUCUGUGGAGAUGUAGUACCUGCCCCCUUCGUCUCGGCCAGUAACUUCCUGACUGUGCACUUCAUCUCGGACGGCACUGUUCAACGCCGUGGCUUCAUUGCCACCUAUAGCACAGUGGACAGUCUUUGUGGUGGAGCAUUCAAUGCCACAGCAUCAUCUCAGACCAUCACAUCCCCAUAUUACCCCAACGCCUACCCGCCGUUCGCCUCUUGCCGCUGGGUGCUGGAUGCUCCUUCUCAGGAGGUGGUGAAAGUGUCUGUUCAGCAGUUUCAUCUGGACUCCAGCCAGAGCUGCACCAGCAACUUCCUGGAGUUUAAAGACUUCCCUGUGGGAGAUUAUGGACAGGCUCAUAAGUUCUGUGGCACUGACUCACAUGUGCCAGACUUCUACAGUUAUGGCCGCACCAUGCACAUCACCUUCAAAUCAGACGUCUUCAUGACUGGCGAUGGAUUCAGCCUCACAUAUCAGGUGGCAGGUUGCAGCAGGGUGUAUGAACAGGAAUACGGUUACCUGAAGAGCCCAGGCUGGCCUGACAUAUACCCUCAUAGUCUUGAAUGCAGCGUCGUACUGCAGGCCCCUCAGAACAGCGCCAUCUCUCUGUUCUUCACCAGUUUUGAUGUGGAAAAUCAUCCUUCCUGCAACUUCGACUAUCUUGAGGUCAGAAACGGCAGUACUGCCACAUCGCCUCUGUUAGGGAAGUACUGUGGAAGCACACUGCCCAAUCCUGUCUUCCCAGGAAGCAACCAGCUCUUCCUAUAUUUCAAGAGUGACUUUACUACAGCCCGUAACGGCUUUGAGAUCACCUGGACUUCCUCUCCACAGGGUUGUGGUGGUGUGUUAUAUGGAGACCACGGCUCUUUCGCCAGUCCAAACUACCCUGGCACUUAUGCCAACGGCACUUCCUGUGAGUGGGGAAUUAGGGCUCCUAGCGGCAGAGUGGUGACGGUCACAUUCAACCAGAUCAGCAUUGAUGAUCCAGGAGACUGUGAGAACAACUUCUUGAAGCUGUAUGAUGGACCGGAUGCUAAUUCACCUGUUGUUGGGCCGUACUGUGGAACGGAGACAAAUAUCGCUCCUUUCAGAGCUUCUUCAAACCUUGUGUUUGUGAAGUUCUCAGCCCAGUCUGCCGUUCUCCCAUCUGGGUUCAGACUCACCUGGAGCAGCUGAGAAGAAAUUUGAAAAAUAAAUAUUCAUACAUACACACGCACGCACACACUGAAACUUGU